AUGUCUGCUACUAACACCACCCCUGAUGUAUCUGGUGCCGUCGCCGUUGACAGUACCAACACCAACACUUCUGUUGAUCCCGCCAAACAGGAAGCUCUCCAGAAGAUGGCCGCCGAGAACGAGGCCAAGCGCAUUGAAAAGGUCGCUGUCCAGAGGCGGAAGGCCGAGGUGGCUCAUACGAAGGCCGCGCAAGAGUUGGCAUCCAAAGGCAAGAACGCAAUCCUCAAGGCCCAGCCUAGCCGACCAUCAAGACGACCUGUAAAAAAGAACCGAAAGCCGCUUCCGCCUCCUGCCAAUCGCAAUCACGACAACGAGGUCACUGUGGAAAAGAUAAGGACUAGCGCUGAAGAGAAGCGUCUUGCCCCUCUGCGAGUUGUGCGGCUAAGCUACAGCUACAGCGACAUCGUCGAGCAGCGCGUUGUCGACGGCGUCGUUGAAUGCAUCAUUCAUACCAAUCAUUCCGUGAAUGAGUCUUGUGCCGCCCACAACCACGACGACGGUAUUGUGCAGCGUAUGGCCGACAGCGUCACUGAACCUAUUUUCCAGUCCUCCGAUGCGCCCGGGAUUGCCCACUCUGACGACGAUAUGGACUCAGAUAAGGCCACCGGAUCUGGUACUGCUUCGGACGAAGAUGUCCCUCAGCUACUCCGAGAGACUGCUUCUCCUAACCAGGUCACUGAGCCGGAAGACCGCGGCGAUUCUAUCCAAGCUGCAGGUAUUACUGCACUGCCCCACAUCUGUAUGACUACUCCGAUGGAUGAUGCGGAUGAGGAAGCUUCAAUGUCUGAAACUUUGGCUGAGGCAGUCGACAAUUCGUCCGAGCUGAUCAAGGACAAAGUUUCUGGGAAGUCACCGUGCAGCCCUUUGGCGAUCCUGUCGAUGACAAACUCGACUCUUUACCCGCCGCGCCUAUCCCGCGAUGAAGAGCCUGCAUUGAUCGCCAUGCAUGUUUUUCCUGUCGUACUACCGGUUGCUGAAGUCAAGCAGCAGAAGCUUACCAAGGCUGGAAAGAAAGUCAUCAAGACAACUGAGGCAUCUAAGAAGGUGGCUACAGUUGACUCCGACUUGGUUCAGAAGCUUCCCGAACCCGACUCUGCCAUGACUGCGAUGGAUCCUGUCGAGCCCGUUGUCAUAGGAGAAGAAUCCACAUACGUCGCGACACUUCUUGGGAGGCCCAAUGGCUCUGGCUUGACCAAGAAGUCCCGUCAUCUCCACGAGAAGCCCGUUACACUUCACAUCGCUUCCCUCUCGCUGCCGGUUACAGCGCUUAAGCAGCAGAAGACUUCAAAUACCGAGCAGAAGGCUAAUAAAAUUGACAAGAAGAAUUCUGUCGCUACCGAGAAGAAAGAUCCUGACUUCAUCGACUCUCUUCUCUGCAAGCCCAAUGGUCCUGGGGAGACCAAAGAGACUCGCAACCUUCACAACAACCUUGUGGCUAAGCAUGUAGCGCCACUCGAGUUUUCGGUUCUCGAGCAACAGCACAAGGAUAAGAAAUCUAGGAAGGUCAAGAAGUCCAUUGAGCCCUCCAUUACUGAGCCUGAUGCUGUCGGUUCACCGAUACUCAACAUGGGGCCUAUGGUCACCGAGGGUCCCGCCUCCGCUAUUGAGGAGCUCAGUACAGACGAUGCUACUCGCGACGAGCCGUCCAUCGUCAUUGCAACUCCUAUCCAGGGGUUCUGGCAAACUGUUCUUUCUACGGCCACUGCCACCGAAAUCAAGGACAAGUUACAACACGUCAAAGCCAACACCGUCGAGCAAACCGUAAUCAUCCCCGACUCCGCCCUAACCACCACCCCUCCCAUCUCCGACCGUAACGACUCAUCCUCCGAAUCCGACACCUUCAAGUCCUUCAGAACCUCCAGCCGCUCCUCAGCCCACUCCUCAGCGUCCAUCCGCCGCAAAGCCGAAAAGGCGCGCACCACCUUCCUGGGAGGUAUAUCUCUAGAGACCUUCAUAAACACGCUCGACUUCGAAUUGUGGGACGGCACGACCACCAAGGACGACAUCUGCGAGGCUUUCGCUUCCCUAGCUGGUCACACAAUCUACGCUCUAGACAAGCCCAAGAUCCAGCGUAAGAUCAAGUUGGGUAGUACUUCGCUAUACGUGUUCCUGCGUCAAAUCACUUUCAUCGAGGAUGAAGUGACGGUUGUGGGAGAGGUGAUGAAGGUUUUUAGGAAGGCGGCUAGGGGUCAGGUGAUUUCGCCGGAACUGGAGGUCGCUCUGUGGCUUGCGGAGGAGACGUCUGAAGGGGACGGCAGUCUGCAGGGGAGGUGCUCGAGACGAUCUUCUCUGGCUGGCGGAGCUUAGGUGUGGAGUUGCAGAUGUGUUCGAUGAAAAACGCAUGAUCUGUUUGGCUUGUGGUUUUCAUUCUUUCCGGAAAGUUAUUCAUGGGGAGUUGUCAUUGUUGUUAUUUUUGACAUAUUAUCAUGGUUUAGCGCGG